UGCGCAGUCACACUUGAAUGGUUUUGCUCACUGCGAAAUUAUACAGCAGUUGGCAUAAGAAUGUGAUGCGUGCUAAUUAAAUAAACCUUCAAAAAUACACUUCCACUACUUCCUCUAUUUAUUUGUUUUUUAAUUCGCUAUGUUAGUUUUAUUUUUCGAAGUUGGAUGAUUGACGACAUCUUGGUUUUUACAUGCUUGAGAAUGGUUCACAGACAAAUUCAUGCAGCAUCUCUACUGUUAUUCUGCUUUGCUUUUAUUUACGCUGAUAUAUUUCGUGAAAAUGACGAAGACGGUGGUCCGCAGUGUAAAUGGAAUCCUUGUUUGAACGGUGGUAUGUGUACAGCUCAUCCAGACAAAUACUACUGCAGUUGUAAGCCAGGCUAUGUUGGUGAUAAUUGCGAAAAAAGAAGUAACUGCUUCCCAAACCCCUGCCAUCAUGGAACAUGCUGGCCUAACGUGGAAGGCUAUACUUGUACUUGUAAAGUUGGGUACAAAGGCUCCAAAUGUGAUAUGUUAGACCGUUGUCGACCAAACCCAUGUGAAAAUAAUGGUAUAUGUGCUGAAACAUUACGUGGAGUACAGUGUGAAUGCACACCUGGUUUUAAGGGAAGAUUAUGUGAACUGGAAGCCAAAUGUGAGCCGGUCAAUCCAUGCAUGAAUGGUGGUACAUGUCGAGAGUAUAGCGACCAUUAUCACUGCAGCUGCUCUUCUGGCUUUCGUGGACAAAACUGCGAAGAAUUUGUAGCGCCCACCAAACCACCGCCAACCAUACCACUUAAACACGAGGGUCCACAAGCAAUACCUGCGCCCGACAAUAUACCAAGUAACGUCAUACAUGAGCUUUUUGCCGUGCAUACAGCCGAUAGUAACGGCAACACGGAAACGACAUUUCACGAAUCUGUCGGUAGUGACGUUGAUAGCAACCCCGGUGUUGUUAUGGUUCCGCAUCUAGCCAAUGCUGGUCCAUUACCAAAUAUGGAAUCUCAUAAUCCAUUUGUAGGCGCUCCCACGCAGGAUAGCAAUGACAAAUUUGUAUUUCACAGUGGUGAUGAGGACAAAAACAAACCCGAGGAGGAGCCUAAAAAAUCAAAGAAUGUCUCGUCUGAUUCAAUUACUGGAAACGAUGAUCGUUAUCAAACACAUUUAGUAGAAGUCAGUAAAAAUAAAGACACCAAAGGAGGAGUGCAUGUUGGAAAAGCAAUUCCAGAGACCAGUGAACCGAUAUCUUUAGGUAAUCCACACCCAGAAGAUGAUUCAAAAGCUGACAAAGUUUUAUCAGACGCUAAGUUGCAUACAGAAAAAGUUAAACAAGAACAUACGGACAAAGUCAAUGAAAUAAAUACAAAAGUUCACGGCACCGAAACGGGGAGUGUCCAUUCUAUAACUUCGAGUGAUAUACAUAAUGAUAUACACAAUACAGUUAUUGAAAAUGCGGACGACACUCAAACUAUUGUUGUUAAAAACGCAAACUUACACUCCGAGUAUGAGCGACCAACUGAGUCUGGUCAUGUACGUAGCAUAGUUAAAUCAAUUGAAAAUACAAACGCGUCAAGUUCGACAAAUAGCACGAAUUUUAUUAAUAACGAAAUAAGCACAAACAAUGAACCUGUAAAUAAUGCAACAUCAUCAAUAGUUGGAAAGCCGUUAGAAAAACCAUCCGUGGUCAAACAAACUAUAAACGAUAUAAAGGUUAAUCAAGAGACAAAAGAAGAAAACGACAAGGCCAUCAACACAGUUAACCAAAUUAAUAAAGAAAUCCAAAAUAAAGCUUCUGAAGCAAAGCAGUUGGCUGAAAACGAGGCUGCUAAAGUAAAAGCCAAUGCGAGGCUACAAGCACAACGCAUCAAUAACACGCCUUCAAAUAUCAUGAAUAACUUCACGCAACAAAAAAGUGCGUACAUAGAAUGGCGCCGAAAAGCUUUAAAAAAUUAUCAUAAAAGAAAUCCAGAUAAGCCUUUACCCAAGAAUACAUUGACAUUAUCUAAGAGUUCUUUAUGUCCAGAGUUCUGUCGCACCUACUGUGAUCCUUGGUGUGUGGGUAUAGGCUGCUGUAAAACUACAAAAGAUCAAUACGCUAUGUACAGGAAGAUAGAAGAACUCAAAAAGGCGGCAGCCUAUAAGGCUUUGAUUGCCUCGAAACCUGCACCAAAUGAAUGUGACGUCUGCAACGAAAAUGCUAACUGCGUCAACAAGCAUUGUAUUUGCAAGACAGGUUUCCAUGGUGAUGGCGUCACAUGCUCAAUCGACAAUUGUUUACUUUGUCAUUUGGAUGCGGAUUGUAAAUCUGGAAGAUGCUUUUGUAAACGAGGAUUCUUUGGAGAUGGAUACGAGUGUCGAGACGACAAAUACAAAACACUUUGCAAGAAAUGUCACAAGAAUGCAGAUUGUAUUGGUGGAGACUGUUUAUGCUCACGUGGUUUCUAUGGAAACGGUAGAAGUUGUUGGCCUCUUCCAAUAAUAAAAUAGUUGAAGACUUGAUUCAUUAACUUUAAUCAAGUGAUUCUGUAUUUUUCUGGAAGUUAGCAUUAUGUGACUUGAGCGGGAGAAGAUGAAGCCGGCCAAUCUCGUAAACGGUAUUUGCGCAAUUUAUCGACAGAAAAAGCGAUAUUGACCGAGGAAAAAAGCAAUUCUUUGCAAAACUCUUUCCCAAGCAACAUUAUCGUGAUGGAAAAGCCACUUGAAGAGAAAUUUAUAUUGUGGUAUCUAGUGCAUAGGCUUAGAGUGUUACGAAGAUUCUUUUAAGGACCAAGUAUGGAUAAUUUUAGGGUAGAUUAUGCUUAUUGUUGUAAUUAAUCAUCUUUCGACACACUACUUUAAAAUAGGUUAAUGUUUUACAAAUUCAUUUAUUUUCAAAUAUUUAAGAAGGGAACGUUUAUAAAUAUUAUUGACAACUUAUUCAUUGUAAAUAAAUAUUAAAAAACACGAAGAUAUAUGUAUAUAUAAAUAUAUAGAUAAAAUUAGAGCUAGAAAUAUAUAUAUUUAUGA